AAAUUGAGUGAGAUGGUUUGAUUUCUUUCUUUUUCUAUUGACCUAAUUAGACAACAAAGUGGAAAGGAACACUCGCUUCCCUCCAUUUUUUUUUUUUCUCAAUUCCAGCCAAACACGAAACAAAAUGAAAGUGCCCUGAAACCCAUCGCCCUUACCCUCUCAUUGAACCUGGUAGCUCUCGCCUUGCCUGUCACCUUCCGCAGGUUCGCCGCCCCUCUCAUUGAACCUGGUAGCCCUCGCCUUGCCUGUCACCUUCCGCACGUUCCCCGCUAAAUCAUUGGGGCUUUAAUGCUCGGACCCAUCGGGGAAGAAGAAGGGAACGCACGAUCGCAGGGGAUGCAAUGCAUUGACGGCCGGGUUCAUGGAGUUUCCAUCAGACCAAUCUGGAAGGCGACGCGUGUGAGGCGAAAGCCAGUUGCAACCACAGAGGACGAAACCCAGAAACGGAAACACGGCUCCACCCGCAAAAGACAAACUCGCAAUUCUAUCUCAUUUUUAAUGCUCUGCUCCCCUCGCAUAUAAAACAGGGGAUGCUUAUCAAAAUCGCAGAUUUUUCUGCGAUAUUCGCUUUUAGGUCUCCGCGCCGUCCACAUAGGCUUGCCCUUUUCGUCUCUCUUUUCACUUGGUUAAAUCACCAGUUUUCGAAUUCCAAUCUUAUCCAGAACUUGAUUUUUCUUAUUCUGUGGAAAGAAGAAGAUUUGUAGCUGCAAUUCGAUUAGGGUUUUCUUCAAUUUGCGAAAAUUAUCAAUUUUCUAUCCUCCUCAAAACUUGUGUGUUUAUUUUAUUUUUCAGAAACGAGAAGCUCUACAACUGCAAUUCGGUUCCGGCUUUUCUUUAAUUUGCGAAAAUCAGCAGUUUUCGACCCUCAUUUAUUGUGGUUUGUCGAAAAAGAAGCUCUGUGAUUUGAAAAUUUACCAGUUUUCGAUCCUCCCCGCAACUCGCUUUUCGUGUUUAGUGGAAACAGUAACCCGGAAACUUAUUCGCGUCCUGGGUGGUUCACACAAGCAUCGAUUGAGCGGCAAUGGCGAUUUCGGGGUCUGGAUCGCACCCACCAGCAAUCAAAACCGAAGCCGAGUUCGUGAGAUGCGAGUCUUGCGGGUUCACGGAGGAGUGCACACCGGCGUACAUAGCUCGCGUUCGGGACAGGUACGGCGGGCGGUGGAUAUGCGGCCUUUGCGCCGAAGCCGUUAAGUACGAGGCCCUGCGGUCGGAACGGCGCAUCACCACGGAAGAAGCCCUCGACCGUCACAUCAACAUCUGCGACGAGUUCAGGUCCUCCGGAAAACCGUCGAGUUCGUCGGAGCACCCGAUUUCUGCCAUGGGGCGGCGGCUUCGGCGAUCCCUGGACACUCCGGCGAAGACUCUCCGGUCCAAUUCCAGCCGCGGGCUUGGCGGGAUCGAGCCGGAGGUUCAUCGUCCCAGGUUGCUUCGGUCCGGGAGCUGCUUCUCUGCUCUGUCCCGUUGAGCGAUGGAAAGGGUCUCCUCCAGUCUGAAUCCGAGGUAAAUAUGAGUUUCCAAGAAAUGUGGCGUUGAAGUUUGAAAUUUUGCGUCAAUAACUAUGGGUUUUAGGGUUUAAUUUAAACCCUAAAAAUCUUGCUUUUGAAUUUUGACAGAGGAAGAUGGGGGUUAAUUGAAAGUUGAAACAGUGAAGUGUAAUUUGAAGACUUCUUCAGUAUGUGUGUAUAAUUUUGUUCUUGUUUGUU